AUGAUGUAAAAAAGAAGAACUGUAUUUAACUGUGUAUUUGACAGCUGUGAGACUGUCAAGUGCAUGUGCAUGUGUGUAUUUGUGAGAGAGACCGACAAAGAUCGAGAAAGAGAAGUGACAGAGGAAGUCAGGAGGCUUGCGGUAAACAGCUCAUAUGCCUCAAUUUAAAGAAGCGGUUUGCAGUGCAAUGUUCAGUGCUGUGAUGAAAGGAAGACUUUGAAGCUCUACAGAACGGAUCAGUGUUCGACACGUUGCCGCUGUGUGAAAGUGUUUUCUGUGUCAUGCCUACAGAAUUGCAGUAAGGGGAACAACGUUUAACCAUCUUUUUGCGUGUCUGGAAUUCUUUGAAGAGGCGUAUUUACGACUAAAAAGACUUCAUAAACAUGGGAAACAGCGGAGAGGAGGGUAAACUGCACCGGAGACUGUCCCGCAUAGGGAGCAGAGGACAGAGAGAACCACCAAGACCCCCACCCCAAGCAGAUAAACCCUCAACCCCUGCCCCGCCAGCUGCCACAGCAAGACCACCUGAACCUGCUCCAAAGCCCGCAGAAGCAAGCUCUAAACCUUUAGAACCUGCUCCCAAACCCCAAGGAGUCACUCCAAAGCCUGCUGAGGUUGCUCCAAAACCCAGUAUUCCUCCCAAACCCCACAUACAGAUGUUUAGUAGCACAGAGCAUGGAAGCACCAUGCUUCAGGGGCUCGAUCAGUUUCGCUCUGAUAAGACGUUGUGUGAUGUCACUCUGGUGCCUGGAGACAGCAACGAAACCUUUCAAGUUCACAGGGUGAUCAUGGCUUCAUCCAGUGAUUACUUCAAGGCCAUGUUCACAGGUGGGAUGAAAGAGCAGGAGCUGGAGGAAAUUAAGCUGCAUGGAGUGAGCACCACAGGCUUGAAGAACAUUAUUGAGUUCAUUUAUACAUCUCAUCUGAGUCUGAACUUAACCACCCUCCAGGACACUCUAGAGGCUGCCAGUUUCCUCCAAGUGCUUCCAGUACUCAACUUCUGCAACCAGCUACUAAGCAGCGAGGUCACCAUAGAAAACUGUGCAGAAGUUGAGCGGAUUGCAAGCGAUCUUCUCCUGGAGGAUGUUCAGACCCACGUAUACAACUUUGUGUGCCAGAACUUCGCUGCUCUGGUGCAGAAUGAACGUUUCCUGCAGCUAUCUGAGGCCACCAUAGCAUAUGCCCUGUCCAGUGAUUCUCUGAAAGGAUUCUCUGAAAUGGAGCUGUAUCGUGCUGCCCGUGCUUGGCUGGCUCACAAGCCCAGUGAACGUCGUCCUGCUGCAUAUUCUUUGAUGCGCCACAUUCGCUUCCCCCUGAUGACCCCUGCUGAACUGCUGCAGAUAUCUCAGGAGGACCAGACUGACGAGGGCAAUGAUGGGGAGAAGAAAGCAGAGGAGCCUUUCAUGCGUUCCAACACCGCCUGUGUAAACCUUCUUUUAGAGGCCAGCAACUACCAGAUGUUGCCAUUCCUUCAGCCGGCGCUGCAGACUGAGCGGACAUGCAUUAGGUCAGACACCACGCACCUGUUGGCUCUGGGUGGGGUGAUGAGACAGCAGUUGGUGGUCAGCAAGGAGUUAAGGCUGUAUGAUGAGGAAGGAGGAGGCACAUGGAGAGCUCUCCAGCCCAUGGAGGUUCCUCGGUACCAGCAUGGAGUGGCCCUCCUGGGAGGGUUCCUGUACAUUGUAGGGGGACAGAGCACUUAUGAUACAAAGGGUAAGACGGCAGUGGACAGCGCUUACAGGUACGAUCCUCGUUUUGAUCGCUGGCUGCAGGUGGCCUCCCUAAAUGAGAAGAGGACGUUCUUUCAUCUGAGUGCUUUGAAAGGGAAGCUCUACGCUGUUGGAGGGAGGAACGCAUCAGGCGAGAUUGACACGGUGGAGUGUUACAACCUGAGCAAGAAUGAGUGGACCUUUGUUUCGCCCAUGAGUGAACCUCAUUACGGCCAUGCUGGUACAGUGCAUGGAGGGCUGAUGUUUGUGUCAGGUGGAAUAACGAGAGAUGCUUUCCAGAAAGAGCUGUCGUGCUACGACCCAGACACAGACUCAUGGAGCCGCCGAGCAGACAUGAUGGAGCUCCGUGGCCUGCACUGCAUGUGCACUGUGGACAACCGUCUCUAUGUUAUGGGUGGAAACCACUUCCGUGGAACCAAUGACUAUGAUGAUGUGCUCAGUUGUGAAUACUACAGCCCUGCGACUGACCAGUGGACACUGGUGGCUCCGAUGCCCAGGGGUCAGAGCGACGUUGGCGUGGCCGUGUUUAAGGGGAAGAUCUAUGUGGUGGGGGGUUAUUCUUGGAACAGCCGGUGUAUGGUGGACAUUGUGCAAUGCUAUGAUCCUGAAAAAGAUGAGUGGGAGAGGGUGUUUAAUGUGCUGGAGCCUCUAGGAGGCAUUCGAGCCUGCACCAUGACUGUUCAUCGCCCAGAAGGCUCUGUAGAUGAAGCUCAAAUACAGGAAUGCCCCCUCCCAACAGCUAAGAACUGAAAUACAGAGGACAGAUUUUUUUGGUGGCUACAGAAAAAAGGGAACUGUAAAUACACACUUAAUAAUGGUUCUUUAAGAGUUUUUAAGUAAAGAAAAUGGUUCUGUAUAAGACCAUGAGCACAGUUUUUGACAUCAUUUAAAAAUACCUGUUGCCCUUUACAUUGUGUGUAAAUGUUCAUGAUCAUUGGACCAAACGAAAUGACCCAAAAUUAUUUUAACAGUACUUUAACAUUGUAACAAUAGAAGGAUCCUUUUUGAUGCUAGUCAUUUUAAAAUUUUCGUAUAUAACACAUUCUCCAUCAGUGCAAAGUGUCUUUUAAUCCUACAGAGCAUUCUUUGAAUGUUCAUGGUUCUACAUAGAACCAUUUUCUUCACUAAAGCACAUAUAAAGAACCAUCUUUUUUAAGAGAGCAGGGUUUGAAAACAUGGUAGAAGUUAAUUAGAAUUGAAAAAGACCAUGCUAGUUGCUCUGUAAGUAUUUUGGAAAAUACAUUUUAGACUUGUGCUUGAAAAAGUCCUUUGUGCAAACAGCAAGUGUAAAACAUAAUCUGCCUAAUCAAUUCUUAAAUUAUAAUUUGUCUUUGUACCUUGCACUGCUAAAAAUGAUAGUACUUUUAGAAAGACAUCAGGAACAAGAUGUGCAACGAUGAAUAUUUUUUGGAUUAUAAUUUUUACAUUUUUGUAUUGCAUUAAUGGCGGUGUGCUGGUUGUGAUAAAUUUUUGAACUGUACAGCUGUAUUACUUUAGCAAGAUCAAAUACAUUGUACCAUCUAUGUCUUGUUUCUCCAAUAAAACUACAGCUGUGAGAAUCAAGAAGAAACAAUGGCCAUUGUGGUGCAUACUAAACCAUCACAUUCUCUCCUGAAACCUUGAACACUGAUCAGAUAAGAUGUAAGCCAGAACCAAGGUCUAUACUGUAUUAACAUGAACAUACUGACACAAGCCCUAAUUAAAGUAUCUUUUAUUAGCAAUAAAAAUAUGUAUAAAAAACUAUGUAAUCAUAGAUGAUGGAUGUAUAAAUGACCCUUCUUAUUCUGCACUUGAAACAUUGUAUUAUUUAAGCCUUUAUUAGUUAAUUUUAUCAUUAUUUUAUGGGGUUUGUGUUUUAUUUCUUGUAGUUAUUUACAUGUUUUGUAUGUAAUUUAGCCUUUUUGUCGUCUGUUGUUCUUUUAAUGUGCUGAAUGCUGAAAGCUUUGACCUUUGAUUCCAUUUUAUUGUGUUUCUUUUUACUCUCUUGUAUAAUUUUAUUUUUGGAAGCACUUCUAGUUGCAUUUUAUGUAAGAAUAAAUAAAGUUUUUUACUGUCAUUGUU